UCUACGGGACGCCAUCGCCAGGACGGACGCGUUAUAGCGGGAUUUGUUCCUUCAGUUCGGUUUGACGGGUCGAUCCCCGAGGGGCUGGUCGGGCCAGUAGGUCGGAAAGAGCUGGGAACGCCGACGAGCUCGCCGUGCUAACGGAACUUCUUCCCCCGCGUGGAUUUCUGAUGGCAGGGCGCGCUGAAACUCACUUUUGGGUCUAGAACUGGUGAACGAUGCCCGGUGCGCGGAGGGGGACUCUGCCUUCUGGACUACACGGACCUUUGUCACGGGCCACGCGACGCUCCGCUCUUCAUUGCCGUGAACGCGACGUUCCUAUUUAAAAGGAUACGCGUCUCUUGCGUGUCGGAGCAUCUGCGCACACAAUAGCGCCAAUGCGAGACGACCGUUCGUUAGGAUGCAGUAAUUACAAACAAUAAUUAGCCGAGAUCGAUUUUUUUUGCUCAACUUCGCAGUUGAAUGACCCCCCCCCCCGAUUCAACAUGUCAUUUUUUAAUUUCCGCAAAAUAUUCAAAUUGGGCUAUGAGAAGAAGAAGAAACAAUAUGAGCACGUCCACAGGGAUGAAAAUCCGGAGGAAAUCUGGGAGAUUAUUGGCGAAUUGGGAGAUGGAGCCUUUGGAAAAGUCUUUAAGGCCCAGAACAAGCAGACGGGCAUCCUGGCCGCAGCCAAAGUAAUUGACACCAAAUCUGAAGAGGAGCUGGAGGACUACAUGGUGGAAAUUGACAUCCUGGCCUCCUGCAACCACCAAAACAUUGUCAAACUGCUCGAUGCAUUUUACUAUGAGAACAAACUCUGGAUCCUCAUAGAGUUCUGUGCAGGCGGGGCCGUAGAUGCUGUCAUGCUGGAGCUGGAGAGACCCCUAACGGAGCCCCAGAUCAGAGUGGUGUGUAAACAGACCCUGCAGGCCCUCAUCUACCUCCACGAUAACAAGAUCAUUCACAGAGACCUGAAGGCCGGCAACAUCCUCUUGACCCUGGAUGGAGACGUCAAGCUAGCUGACUUUGGAGUUUCUGCCAAAAAUACCAAGACCCUGCAGAGACGAGACUCUUUCAUAGGGACACCAUACUGGAUGGCACCGGAGGUGGUGAUGUGCGAGACGUCCAAGGACCGUCCGUAUGACUACAAGGCUGACAUCUGGUCUCUGGGGGUCACCCUGAUUGAGCUAGCACAGAUUGAGCCGCCUAAUCACGAGAUGAACCCCAUGAGAGUCCUGCUGAAAAUAGCCAAGUCGGAUCCUCCCACCCUGAUGCAGCCGUCGCGCUGGUCCUCAGAUUUCAGCGACUUUCUGAAGAGGUGUCUGGAUAAAAACGUGGACAACAGAUGGAGUUCAGCCCAGCUUCUACAGCACUCAUUUGUGACCAGGGUGACAGACAACAAGCCACUGAGGGAGCUGAUAGCAGAGGCCAAGGCUGAGGUCACUGAGGAGAUUGAGGAGCACAAGGAGGAAGAGGAGGAAGAGGAGACAGAGCCACAACUGGGCCACAAACGGGCUCCAUCUGAUGCCAGCGUAGCCAGCUCUGAAGAUGAGAAGAUCCCCCUGUCUCCCUCCAACUUGGAGUCAGUCCCUGAGAAGGUCGAGCCUGUGUUGCCCACAUCUGAUGUGCUCCCUGUCGCCAACCAUGUUGUAGACACUGGCUUUGUUGAGAAUCCCACCGCUCCCGAGACUGAAGGGCCAAUAGAGGUGACACCAAGCACUGCGGUUGAGGAUGAAGCGAUGGAAGACAAACCAACAGGGGAGCAGGUUGUUGAACCAGCAGUAGAUGCUACUUCAGAUGAACCAGAGACCAAACCUGAACUGCCAGCCAAGGAAAUGGAACAAUUGGAAAUCUCCAAUGAGGAUGAAAAGGAAAUGGACACAGCUGAGGUCCCAGCCACUCUCGAGGACACUGGUGAGGAUUCAGAGGUCACUGUAGCUCCUCAGGAAGAAAAAAUGGAAGUCGUGGAAGAACCCAGCCAAGCAGCUGAGGAGGAAAGUGAAGAGAACCUUUACAAACAUCUAAAGGUGACUUUGACACUGCCAGGGGAAGACAAAUCUACUCUGAAAGAGAAGGAUGGAGAGAAGCAGAGUGAAGAGGAUGAAAUGGCUGACAAAGAGAAAAUUGUUCCAGACAAGGCUGUGGACAACAAAGACAGGGAUUUGGACUCGAGGAGUGGUUCGGCUGCAGAUAACAGCAACAUAGACCUUAACCUUUCUAUCUCGAGCUUCCUCUCCAAAACAAAAGAGCCAGGAUCCGUCUCUAUAAAGGACACUAGGCGCCAGAAGAAGACGUUAAAGAAGACCCGUAAAUUCAUCGUGGACGGCGUGGAGGUCAGCGUGACCACCUCGAAGAUCAUCACAGACAAUGACACCAAGAACGAGGAGAUGAGAUUCUUACGGCGCCAGGAACUGAGAGAGCUGCGCCUCCUGCAAAAGGAGGAGCAGAGGGCCCAGCAGCAGCUGAGCAACAAGCUGCAGCAGCAGAAAGAGCAGCUGUACCGACGCUUUGAGCAGGAGACCACAAGUAAGAAGCGUCAGUAUGACCAGGAAGUGGAGAACCUCGAACGGCAGCAAAAGCAGACCAUCGAAAGGCUGGAGCAAGAGCACACCAAUCGGCUCAGGGACGAGGCCAAGCGCAUCAAGGCCGAGCAGGACAAGGAAGUGGCCAAGUACCAAAACAUGCUGAAGAACCGCAAGAAAGAGGAGCAAGAGUUUCUGCAGAAGCAGCAGCAGGAUCUGGACAGUGCCCUGAAGAAGAUCAUCCAGCAGCACAAACACGAGCUGGCCACCAUCGAGAGAGACUGCCUCAACCACAAGCAGCAGCUCCUCCGAGCACGGGAAGCAGCCAUGUGGGAGCUGGAAGAGCGCCAUCUACAGGAGAAGCAUCAGCUGUUGAAGCAACAGCUCAAGGACCAGUACUUCAUGCAGAGACAUCAGUUGCUGAAGAGACACGAGAAGGAGAUGGAGCAGAUGCAGCGUUACAACCAGCGGAUGAUCGAGGAGAUGAAAAACAAGCAGACCCAGGAGAGGACCAGGCUGCCCAAGAUCCAGCGCAGUGAGGCCAAGACCCGCAUGGCCAUGUUCAAGAAAAGCCUUCGCAUUACUGGCGCUGCCAUCACCCCCGAGCAGGAGAGGGAGAAGGUCAAGCAGUUUGCCGCCCAGGAAGAGAAACGGCAGAAGAACGAGAGGCUCCACCAGCAGCAGAAACACGAGAACCAGAUGAGAGACCUGCAGCUGCAGUGUGACGCCAACGUCAGGGAGCUGCAGCAGCUGCAGAACGAGAAGUGCCACUUGCUGAUCGAGCACGAGACCCAGAAGCUGAAGGAGCUGGAUGAGGAUCACAGCCUGGAGCUCAAGGAGUGGAGGGAGAAGCUGCGACCCAGGAAGAAGGCCCUGGAGGAGGAGUUUGCCAGGAAGCUGCAGGAGCAGGAGGUGUUCUUUAAGAUGAGUGGCGAGUCGGAGUGCCUUAACCCCUCCACCCAGAGUCGGAUCUCCAAGUUCUACCCCAUCCCUAGUGUCCACUCCACCGGCUUCUAGGACGAACAUGCGGUAUACAUACAUGCUAAUGUAUGUGCACGCUGGUUUGCGUGUUACCCAUACAAGCGAACGGCGGCGAAGUCAAGAAUACACAAAAGACACAAAUGCGCAUUGUGCAUUUAUGCACACAACGUGUACUGUUCAUGAACACAAGCCAUCCAUUUUAAGACAAAGCCUUGAUGCCUUGCCCGUCGACUGGCGAUAACCAGAGGAUGUCGGGACUUUCCAUGCUCGGACUACCGAAUCUGUUCCCCCUUUUCCGCGGGAAGGGGGUUAUUCUCUGAAGCUACACGGGCCCAGAGAGGGUCCUCUUCUUGUCCCUUUUCCCUGUUACCAUUCAUCGGUGGUUUUAGUGUAGCGCUGUUCUUUCAAAAAUGAUGUCAAUAAUAAGGAAGCCAUGAAGGAGAAUCAUCAUGUUUUUAGAUUCAGUAUUUCGGCACCAUGGCUCUCGCCUCAGAACCGCUGAAGUGAGGUGGUUCUGGUUCCGGUUCUUCAUUGUGAAUUAUUUUUAUAGAGACUGCAGUGCCUGUAGACGCUGACAUUACUGGCUUUUAAAUCAGAGCAGUUCACUACUUGCUGCUCAGUGUUUCUCUAGUUUGAAAAAAGAAAAAUUGCACUAAAGGAAGGAUAGCAUUUUUAUACCACUUAAUCACAGUUAUAAACUUACAUGGUUCAAUAUUAAUUACUGAAAUCUCAGAAUGGCAACCGUUAUGUUUAUAAGUGUUGAUUGAACAGAAUGUAAUUCUUUAAAAAAAGAAGAAAAAAAAGAUCAUUUUUAAGAUAAAUUCAAACGUAGGAUGACGACAGUAUAUUUUGUACGCAAUCACGCAAAUCUCCCCGUAUCGUAAGUUGAGUAUACGUUGCAUAGGGGAUGAAAUGAAGUCUUACGGAUAGUUUUCAAUGCAAGUUUAAGUCAGUUUCUGUAGUGGAAAUGACUCCUUUCAGGGCUUUCUGUUCAGCAUGCCUUUCCGUCUCGAGCACAACCCUGAGAUCCGGUUCUCCUGUUUUUCGACAAGCGGACGGUGGUGGGGGCCGUUGUGUUAACGUGGCGUGCAGUGGGGAGGGGUGGUGCUGACACGGCGUUUACAUCCAGAGACCAGUUAUCACUGUCGGAUGGGUGAGAAGGAGGCCGCUGUGGUGUCAGGAAAUGCCAGACGUGGUCACGGUGUUUUUAGUGGAACCAGAUGACUCUUUAGGAGUCCGCGUGGCCCUGUUGGUAGUUCUGAUAGUGGGUCACACUAGUCUGUCUGUACCACUUGUGUCUGCAGAGAAGUUCGUGUAUGUCUUUGAAUUUGUCUUGGCUUUUUAUCAAACGGUUCCUAAAGGUAUUCUGCUGCCAGGUAUAUCGUAGGUCAUCUGCAUGGCUUUGGAUUUUCUUAUUUAAACGAUAAUAGAAAUUUACCGUCAUGCUAGCUAAUAGCCUUGAUACUUACAAAAAAAAAUAAGGGAUAUGUGGUUUACCUGUUUUAAUCCCGUUGUUAAUAGGCUUUUGUGCUCGCUCUUGGCUCUGUGCCAACAUCACAGUGAACGAUCCGUUCACUGGCAAUAUCGUGAAUCUAACUUCCAAUAUUUCCGACACUUCUUCCCUUCGUAGACCUUCGUCUUUUCUGCUCCUAUACGGUAGUGUGAUAUUUAAUGCAGUUGAAAGCAAACGUAUUGUGUAAAAAAGUGGACCCUGGGCAUCCGGGUGGCGUGGCGGUCUCUUCCAUUGCCUACCAACAUGGGGAUCGCCGGUUCGAAUCCCCUUGCUACCUCCGGCUUGGUCGGGCGUCCCUACAGACACAAUUGGCCGUGUCUGUGGGUGGGAAGCCGAGUGUGGGUAUAUGUCCUGGUUGCUGCAAAAGCGCCUCCUCUGGUCAGUCAGGGUGCCUGUUUGGGGGGGGGAAUUUAGGGGAAUAGCGUGAUACUCCCACAUGCUAUGCCCCCCUGGUGAAACUCCUCACUGUCAGGUGAAAAGAAGCGGCUGGCGACUCCACAUGUAUGGGAAGAGGCAUGUGGUUGUCUGUAGCCCCUCCCUGGAUUGGCAGAGGGGGUGGAGCAGCCAGCGGGCCACUCGGAAAAACAGGGUAAUUGGCCACGUACGAUUGGGAGAAAAGGGGGGGGUGGACCUGACUGGUUUAGGCCAUCUUAAUCUCUGAUUGGUUCGUUUGAUCGUCUCAUUGCGUUAUAAUUGGAUAUUAAAGUUAAUGAAUCAAAGCCAAUUACUAAAAGAUCUGGUUAAUGCAAGUAAAACGGACUGAAGGGGUGCUGUGCACUUUUGACACUCGUUAGCCAUUUAAACGAGAACCACCGGACCGCACUCCAGGGUCUCUGUUUUAGCUCGUCCAACUGUUUUGGGUGACUAAGCAGACUUGCAUGUCACACGAUCAUGAAAAAACAAUUACAAAAUCAGUCAGAAUAGAUUAGUACCUGUUCCGUUAGUUAGUCUGACGUGCAAAAUGUAUACCAACCUACGUCAUUUCUGAAUGUUGAUUGAAGAAAUGGAGGAACUUCCAUGAUCAGAAUCCUUAUGCAUUUUUAAAGAUAAGUUUAUAGUUUUUAGAAAACCCGUGUAAUGUAGAUUUUCGUUGUACUGUAAAUAAACUUGU